AUGGCGUCCUCAGACUCUUUCGAAGCUCCAUACAAGGGCGAGCUUGUCGUUGAACAAAACUCCUACAACGGCUAUGACCAGGAGACUCUGACCCAUCAGCAACAGAUUGAUCAGUUGGCGGAAAAAUACAACAUCAACCAGAGCAAACUGAUGCGAAAGCUCGAUUUCCGAAUUAUUCCUGCCAUCUGCUUUCUCUAUCUCCUGGCGUUUCUGGAUCGAGUGAACAUCUCCAACGCCAACGUCUACGGACUCUCUCGAGACUUGAAUCUGGAAGGUCACCAGUACAACACUGCUUUGACCAUCUUUUUCGUGCCCUACAUUCUCGCGGAAAUCCCGUCAAACUGGCUCAUGAAGAAACUGCAGCCCCACAAGUGGCUGUCGGGAUGCAUGGUGCUGUUUGGUGUGGUCACUCUGGGCAUGGGUUUUGUCAAGAACUUUGGCCAGCUGUGCGCCUGCCGUUUCCUGCUCGGUCUGUUCGAGGCAGGCAUGUUUCCCGGCUGCUUCUACCUGCUCUCCAUGUGGUACCGACGAGAAGAGGCCCAGAAGCGAUACUCCUUCUUCUUCUCCUCCACCUGUCUGGCUGGAGCCUUUGGCGGUCUGAUUGCCUCGGGAAUCAACAACAUGGACGGUACCCAGGGCUACGAGUCGUGGCGAUGGAUCUUCAUUCUCGAAGGAACAGCUACUGCUGCCAUCGCGCUGCUCAUGUACUUUGUCAUCUCUGAUUUUCCCGAAGACGCAAAGUUCUUGUCUGACAACGAGCGAGCCUUCAUGAAGGAGAAGCUGGCUGUGGGCUCUGUGGCCUCCAACUUCGAGCGAAAGAUGACCCUCUCUGACGUCAAGUUCAUCUUCUCCGACUGGAAGAUCUGGCUUGCUGGCUUCAUGUACUUUGGACUUAUUGUUCCUGCCUAUGGAUACGCCUACUUUGCCACCGAGAUUGUCAAGUCGCUCGGUUACAGCCCUAUCCAGACUCAGUUCCGAUCUGUGCCUCCGUGGGUCGCAGCUUUCGGUUUCUCCAUGGCGAUGGCUGUGCUCUCUGACCGAAUCAGACACAAGUUCACCUUGGCAAUCGUCUCGGGUAUUAUUUGCAUCAUUGGUUUCAUCGUCAUUCUCACAGAAACCGAAAACACCAGCGUCCGGUACGGAGCUCUCUUCAUGAUUGCCUCGGGAGCAUACACAGCCAUGCCUCUGAUUGUGUGCUGGACCAACCUCAACUUUGGAGGCACUCACCGACGAUCUGUGGCCACCGCCUACCAGGUUGCCUUUGGUAACAUUGGAGGUAUCAUCGCCACCUUCUCCUACGUCAAGGUCGACGCUCCUCUGUAUAAGAAGGGUCUGGCCAUUGGUGUGGGCUUCACAGCUCUGUCCAUGAUUUCAUGCUGCAUCUACAUGUACGGAGUCUACCGAGACAACCAGAAGAAGCGAACCCAGGAGUACGUGGAUCACUUCAAUGCCAUGUCCGAUGAGAAGCGACAUAUGGCCGGAGAGCUCGAACCCUCCUUUGUGUAUAGUUAUUAG